AUGGGCAAAUCUCAAGAAAAGAGCCGCUCUAUCGUUGAGACUCGCAGCUUGCGAGGGGCGGACGCGCCGCAGACCAGUUUGAUUAAUAUUCUGGUUGUGGCUACUGCUUGUCUGGGUGGUUUCGUCUACGGCUUUGCGGCCAAUGCUCUUUCGGGCUCGCUAUCUCAGCCGACUUUUAUUGCCAAGUUCCUGACCACACCUGACGUUACGUCUCGCCAGGAUGGUAUGCUUGCAGGGUUUCUCGGAGGCGCCUUUGUGGGAUCCAUUAUCCAGGCACCCCUGGCCAACAAAUUUGGACGUCGGAUUGCCAACGCAAUCUCCGCAGUUAUCGUCAUUAUUUCGGGUGCUCUGCAGGCGGGUGCCGUCAAUGUCGAAAUGUUCAUCGUUUUCCGUGUUAUCUGUGGUAUCGGCUCGGGCAUGAUCUUCGCCAACACCCCCGUGUACAUGAGCGAGGUCUCCCCGCCGCACACGCGCGGGAUGCUCGUCGGUCUGCAUGGAGUGGGCGUCGUCACCGCAUACAUCAUGGCAGCUAUUUGCGCUCUUGCAUUCAGCUUUGUUACGGCCGAGGUGCAGUGGAGAUUGGUGUUUAUCGUCCUUACCGCCGUCGGAGUGAUCUAUCUGGUGUCCCUGUACUUCAUCCCCGAGUCCCCGCGCUGGCUGAUGGAGCAGGGCCGCGAUGAGGAGGCCAUCCGUAUCCUGGAAUACCUGCACCAGACCAAGGAUGACCAACGGGCAACCUUUGCCCACGCCGAGGCUCGCCAGAUUAAGGCACAGGUUGAGGUUGAGAAGAACUCCCCCAGUGGCUAUAUGCACAUUAUCCGCACGGCGUCCCACCGGAAGCGGGCUCUCUGCUCUAUCCUGUUGUGGACCAUGGGUCAAGCAACUGGUAUCACCGCUAUCGCGAACCUUGUCCCCACCCUGAUGGGUGGCCUUGGCUUUGGCACCACCAUGCAACUGGGUCUGGGUGUCGUCUGGACGCUGUGUGCCAUCAUCGGCUGUGGCAUCAACGUUCUCCUUUUGGACCGCGUGGGACGUGUUAAGCUCUUGGUGGCUGGCGGUCUCGGCAGUGCCACCAUCCUCAGUAUCAUGGCUGCCUUGCAGAAGUACUAUCUAGGCGGAACCGACAAGCCGGGCAUCAACGCGUCCGUAGCGCUGUACUUCAUCUUCGGCGCCUACUUCACCUCCACCAUCGAGUGCACGGCGUACGUCUACAGCUCCGAGAUCUGGCCGACCCAUCUGCGCAGCGAAGGAUCCACCAUCGCCUUCGCCAGUUUCUUCGCCAAUGCCGUCGCCUACAGUGCGCCCAUCACGCUGGCCUUGAAAAACAUCGGAUGGAAGUACUUCAUGGUCUUUGUGGCUGUGACUGUUGUGACGAGCAUCAUGAUCCAUAUCUACUUCCCUGAGACUAUGGGACUCAGUCUGGAGGAGAUCAACGUCAAGUUCGGCGACUCCGUCGAAGUGGAUCUGCAAGACGCUCUGUCGACCGAGGGUUCGACUCCCGAGUCUACGACUGAGGCUUGA